GCAUUGCUUUCUCUCUGUGAUAUAUAAAUAAAUUCAUUUUCACACACAUAUUUUCUAAUCAUACCGUUCUUGAAUGAUUUGUUUCUUAAACACCAUGAAUGGAUGUCUUAUUGAAACUAUUUAUGAAAUAAAAAAUAGUUAUGCCAUACUUUUUAUCAUUGACAAGGCAUUUUUUUUCAAUUCAACAAGUUCUAUUGAAGUCCGCCUUUGAAGAGUUGUGUAUGAAUUGCUUCCUUGGGUCUUGGGUCUUGGGUGUUGGUUUGUCAAACAUAUAUACCUUCCCGAGCAAAAUCUGCAAUUUACUAAUUGAUUGGAAGCCGAGAAACUGUAAGAGAAAGCAAAGAAAUUGAAGCUACGUCCCCCUGCAGGCUGUUGAAGAAGAAGAAGAAGAUUCCAAGGAUUCAGUUUUUGCGGUACGGAGUUGAAAGCAAUAUUCUUGGCACCAGUUUCUGCAUACAAUAUCAAAUUAGGAACAUCUGGUUCACAUCCAAUUGGAUUGAAGUGGGGUUUGUGUUUUGCUUUGCCUUUUGCCCUCAUAGUGGAAGCACAUCUUCACUGAAAAAAAAUCAUUCUGAACGAGGCCUAGUUUUCCUUCUGAAAGGUUAUGGAUCAUAAGACUAAUGAUUUGGAAGAAACACGAAGUGGAUCGUUUGGCCGGUCAAGCAGCGCUGGCUCCUCAUUAAGAAGACGCUCUUGUGGUUUACCAGGUCCUGUGCCCCCUCAAAUGGAUGAUGACAUUGAGAGUGAGACUGUUUCACAGGCUGGAGAUAUUGGGGAUCGGGCACUUCACAGCAACAGGAUUAGUGAGAGUAGUAGCUUCCGCUUAUCUUUUGAUAACAUGUUAGACAAUGGAGUAGUGGUUCCCAUUCCAGAGAAUUCUUUAUUAAAACCACAUGAAAUUUGGUUUCGUGAUGCCACUGCAAAUACAGUCUCCCCUGCAUCUCCAUCGCCGUUAGAAAUCAUAUCUCCGCUUUCAUCAGAUGCCAUGGUAUACUCUGCAGACAAAGAUGAAGACAAUAAGAAAGAGUUGCCAUGGUUGGUGGAAUAUAUCUCAUGCCUCAUUCAUUUAGCUGUUCUUGGGAUUCUUGGGGCUUUAACAAGGUAUUUGCUGCAAAAAUUGUUUGGUCCUGGAGUUGCCAGCUUGACAAGCAACCAAAGUAUUCUGUACCUUGAUCUUCCUUCUAAUAUGGCUGGUUCUUUCUUAAUGGGAUGGUGGGGCGUUGUCUUCAAAGGAGAUAUAUCCAGUGUCUCAGAUCAGCUAGCCAUUGGAUUGACAACCGGUUACUUAGGAAGCCUUACAACCUUCAGUGGCUGGAAUCAGAAAAUGCUUGAUCUCAGUGUUGAUGGCCAGUGGGUUUUUUCUGUGCUUGGCUUUCUCAUAGGCUUGUUUCUUGCUGCAUAUUCAAUUAUUUUUGGUGUUGAGACUGCAAAGGGCUUUAGAUGGCUUCUUAAAAGGCUAAAUUCUGGUGGAAAACGUGGCAUCCUUAGAUCCAGCGGCAACUGGAGGGUGGACAGCUGUAAACGUCACUUAGCAGUUAUGGUGGUGGGGAUGCUGAUCCUGGGCUUGUUAUAUAGUCUAUGUGGAAUAUUGGAGAAAAGAGAGUUUCAAAGCGGAAGCAGUGAGGCACAGCUGUGGUUGGGUUGCAUGGUUGCACCUCUAGGGGUGUGGAUUAGAUGGUGGUUGGCCCGAUUUAAUGGACGUGGGUUAGGAAAAGCAGGUUUGUUCAAAUGGGUUCCUUUUGGGACUUUGAUUGCUAAUGUUUCAGCAGCUUCUGUGAUGGCAGGACUCUCUACACUGAAAAAAGCGGUGGAUUCCAAGAAUUGUGAUACUAUUGUGACAGGUAUAGAGUUUGGAUUUUUGGGCUGUCUGAGCACCGUUUCUACUUUCAUUGCUGAGUUUAAUGCCAUGAGAGAGAGCCAUCAUCCCUGGAGAGCAUAUGCAUAUGCCAUGCUUACAAUAUUUCUCUCCUUUGGCUUGGGCACACUGAUAUACUCGGUUCCCGUCUGGACGAAGGGAUACGAUUAGAUUGUAGAGACCAGUUUCUUGUCUUUGAUCUUUGAUCUUUCCUUCAUAUAGGCUUGACAUCAAGUCAACAUCAUGCGGAUUUUACAUCGUGCACAAACAAGAUCCUUGUGCUACCUGAGCAUGCUUCACAGGCCCCGAGGUGAACCUGUUGCUGGCACCAAAAAAUUGAGCUAGCCAAUCACAUUGUGCUCUAAUUCUGAUGCCGUGCUUCGAUAACGAAUAUGCUGUCUCUAGUGUGUUUUGUAAAGUCCAUACAAGUUGAGUUAGUUAUUGCUCAUGAAAUUGUAGUGAUCAGAAUAGCCCGCUUUGAUUCAAACUUGAAGAUUAAAUGAGAGGUUAUAAAGUUUUUUCGUGGCUAAGAUCACGGGUGUAACAGGGAAUCCAAGUUUGUAGUGUAUGUAUGAGAUCUUUGCUGUGACAGAAUACAAAAGCUUAGAUCAUUGGUACACUGUUUCUUCUCUGUUUUCUCGAUUGGCAGGGGUAUAUCAUAUUAUUAGAAAAGGAUGAAUAGAGUAUUCCCGC